UCUUGGAUUUGUCAAAUGUCAAGUCGCAUAAACAUGAAUUUGAAGUUCACUUGUGCCUGUGUGUUCAACUUAAAUACUUUACAAUAUUUAUGAUUUUUACUGAAUAUUGUAAUAUAUUCAUCGCAAAAGUGUAACCUAAUUAUGUUCUAGCUAACGUACUAUACUUACUAUUAUAUACUUAUUAUUUACCACACGGAAAUAUUUCGAUUUAUCAUGUCUACUAGAAGGGCGAGAAUAAAAGCUGUAACAUCGUUACCACCAAGGAGAAAAAUUAAUGAAGCAGCUGACAGCAAAAACAAACCGCCUCCGUCAAAGGAAAUAUCCGAAAAAGUUACUAGGAGUCCUCGGACUCCUAAAGUAAAUCCCACAUUAAAUCAAGAACAAAAUUUAACACCAUAUGUAAAAAGUACCUCUGAUCCCCAAACUAUUAGUGGUAAAACAACACCCAUUAAAGUCAUAAAAACCCCAAGAGUACGAGAAAAAACACCACUCCAUCUGACGGAGACAAAUGAAAGUCCACAUAAAGAAUACUCUUCCACAUUACCAACAGAUAAAUCACUUCUAAAUGCAAACUUAAAUAUUAAAUCAAAUUUAGACAAUGUUUUUGCUUCACCAUUACGAAGAGACAGUCCGAAACGAACAUUCGCAUCACCUAUUGUACCAUCACCGAAAAUUAAAAGUUUAGAUCUUCAAAAGAUAACCACACCGCAGAAAAAUAUACCAACUCCUGUAGCCCAAAAAAUUACAGCGAAUAAUGAGCUACAAAUAGCUGAUAGUGUGAUCAGUAAUAUCAGUCACAACAGUAGAUCUAAGAAAAAACAUGGAAGUGAAGACAAUCCACCUAGCAUUGAUGAAAAUUUAAAUGAAGAGGCAAUGGAUGGUAUAGUUCCACUGCAACCAGCCAAUAUCUUACAUAAACCUAUUGACUUGUUGAAAAAUGAAAUAAUAUCAGAAAAUGCAGAAGUAUUGUUUGACCCUAUUGUACCAUUGCCGUCACCAAGCAAAGUCCGUCCCAAGCUUCGACCAGCACCAAGACUGGGACCUCACAGAAGAAACAGUGUUCAAGGUAGUGCAAGUGAGUCAGAAGAUGAAAGUCGACGGAACCUCCUUGCAUCAAGUACGUCGCGACAACGACAUGACUCUCACACAUCACAUAGCACACAUCAAUCUUUAUCUAAUAGAGAUGUCAGUCGAGUUAGGAACGACUCUGUUUGCUCAAGUGUCAGCCAGGUCAUGACACAACCACCACCACCAGGGUCACCGCUUAAAGAGAAACAAAAUAAUAAGGCGAAACGACAGGAAACUAGUCGCCGCAUGACAACGAUGAGGCGGAGACGUGAAAAUGUUAAACGGGACGCCCUGACAAUGUACGACCUCAUCUUCUACAAUCCUACCUCUAACCCCAUAGUGCCAGAUGAAGACGAAAUAAACAUCAAAGAGGCAAAUGUGAAAGAAGAAAUCGAAAGAACAAAAAAGACUGAAGUCAUUGUACCGGAGCCACAGAAAGACAAGCCAGCACCUGUACCUCAAAUUAAACUUGGACCCAAGGGUGAAAUCAUACUCGAUGAAGAGAGCUUGGUCAUCAACCAAACAAAUAGUGGUCGAGCGGUUUCAUCUGUCGUCCACGAAGGUGCCUGGGGCAGCAGCAAUGGCUACAAGUACAAACGCGGUCCCAGAACUGCGGAAUGGAGUGCAGCAGAAACUGUUCGCUUUUACCGAGCGCUAGCGGCUAUAGGUACCGAUUUCACACUGAUGGCCCCACUGUUCCCCGAUCGGACGAGGAAGGAAUUAAAAUUAAAGUUUAAAAAAGAAGAGAAGCUUAACGGCGCACAAGUGGACAAAGCGCUGCGCGCGAAAGUGCCCUGGGACGUGAUGAAGCUCAGGGACGAGUUCAAGGAGGAGCGCGUGGCCGCCGUCAAGCGCGCGGAGCGGGAGCGCGAGCGCGUGCAGGGCGAGAAGCGCGCCGAGCGGGAGCGCCUCAAGGCCGCGCGCGAGCUGCGCGUGAGGCAGAGUAAAGGAGCGAAAGCUUUGGAAUCGACGAUGCUGCCAGGUAAUACCGGACGUCACAACCACGCCAUUACAGCUGAAGAUAUUAUUGAACGAGCGAAAUGUACUCCACUAAAUCGAAAAUUAGAUACACCGGAUACAGAUGAAACACCCUCAAAAUUAAAUCUAGCUACGUUAACUCCUCUGAGCAAAGCGAACAAGACGCAAGGCAUUCCUACAUCGGAAACAGAAAAUAUGGCAACGAUUUCCAAAUUAAACACACCCAACUUGCAAGUGAAGACACCCGAAAUUAUUAACGGUGUACCACAGUUGAUUCCAUCUAACAUUGAAACGGGAUCGUUAGUGGUAUUGACAGUUAACGACCCAUCAUCUACAGCCAAGAAGAUGUUCCAGACGUACAUAGCCCACGGCGCUGGACAGUUGACACCGAUCGCUUUGCCAUCGACAUUGUUGAAUUCUGUUGUCGGUUAUAUGGCGAAAAAUACAUCUUUAUCAUCGCCCCAAAUAUUGUCACCGAGCAGUGUUGCCAGUCACGAUAGCCGGACUAGUAAUACGCCUAGUGGUAUUACAGUGCUGCCAAGCCCGACAAAAAAACAGAGGAAUAAUUCGUUUACAAUUACACAGCUUUAACUAGUUGAUAAGUUUUAUAUUCAUAUUUAAGCAUAUUUAAUUUUUGUAUAAUGCGUGUCAGUAAAGAAAAGUUUCAUAAAUUGUUGAAAGUACAUAAGUAUAUAUUGUUUAUACAAAUAGCAAAAUAAUUUAGGUUGAUGAAAUCGUUUAGAAUUAAAAUUGUGUUGAAUAAGAGAAUAACAUUAUAUUUAUGAUGUCAUUAAAUUAAUUUGAAUUUGUUUAAGUUAAAUAAGGUUAUGCAAGUGAAUAAUAUUAAUUAAUUAUUAUUAUAAUAUUUUCUCUUCUUGAUUGUAUAAUAUUUUUGUAAGUAUUUUUUCUAAGGUCAUUAUUUUUCUUGCAAAACUUUCCUUACGAGAAGAACUUUAAAAAUAUCACGAAAAAAUCGCGCAAGUAACCUCUUGCGCUUAACACUAAAAUUCAAACUGAUACUAUUUUUUUAUAAAAAGGUGGAAUAGUAUGCGAGCGGAAUGGCAGCAGAUCGCCCGUCAUUUAUAAAUCUUUUCUUUAUUGGCACAGACAAUAAUGACUACUUGUUUCUACUGAUUCAUAUUUAUCGCGUAUCUUUUAAGUUCUUAAAAAGCAGUAAAUAUUUAAAAACUCAAGUGUUUUUUAUUUGUAUUUGUAUAAUCUGUAUGUCUUGCUAAAAAUACAGGUAACUUUGGAAAUAAUUUCAAUAUCAAACGAAAAAAUAAUGUUUUUUUUUUCACAUGUAAUUCAUAUUAGACACUGUCACUGCGUAGCCAGGCAGAGACAGAGGGGACGAGAAUGUUCGACUCUCAGAAACCAGAACAUUAAAUUCUUAAUUUGAUUAUUUUUUAAUUAUAACAUUUUAUGUAUUGUUUUAUGUCUAUAAGAAUAAUUCCAUAGAAAUAUUUCUCAACAUGUAGUUCUGUAAAGAAAUAUAUUCUUAUAUCUAGUUACAUAGAAAUGUUUAGCAAAUGGGAGACAAUAUAAAUGCUUGUUGUGUAAUAGAAAAUAAUUCAUAUUAUUCUGUCACUUUAUGUUUAAUUUAUAAGUAGUGUGACUUACCCUAGAAAAUUCCUGGCUAUGCUAACGGUCAGCUUAAAGAACUGUAAUUAUGUAAUCUCUUAUUUAUAAUCAUACAUAAGCCUAUUUUUUUAAAUAUGAUUGAUAUAAAGGUAGAAAAACAAGUGAGGUAACCAUGUUUUUGAAAGAUCCUGCGGAUAAAUUACAACUCAUGUUAAUUGUCUAAGCAAGUGAUGCUUCGCAACGCUUUAAACAAAAUGUACAUUAUGUAUUUUAUAUUAUAUAA